AUGGUUGAAGUCGCGUUUGCAAGGCACGUUUUAGCUUUAUUCGCCGUAGACGACGAUGCAGGCGUGCAAGAGGAGGAACCGCCGGAAAACAACAGAACGAACGGGAAUCACUCGGCAGGUUCCCGGGGGAGUCCCGUGAUCUCAAGCACGCGAGUAACGCCACCCUCAGCGAGCUCAAAUUCAAGUCAUUUGACAACUCUUCACUCCGCGUCUCAUCAUCAUCUUCCUCAUCAUCAUCAACCACAGCAGCAACAGCAGCAGCAGCAGCAGCAACAACAACCGCAACAGCAACCGCCUCAGCAACACCAGCAUCACCAUCAUCACCACCAUCAUCACAAUAAUCACAACAGCACGCAUAAUCCAUACGUGGAAAAUCACAAUUCGAAUCACUCGCAGCAGAAUGCUGGUAAUCUCAUCGUCGACGUUGAACCGAGCCACGACAAUAAGAAGCAUCGAAACGG